AUGCCUCCUCCACGGCUCUCUCCGGCAUUACUCCGAGCGCGGCCGCAAGCAAGUUACCAAAGUCUCCGCCGCAUAGCACCUUUCCGCCGCGCAUCAACCACACCAUCACAAAACGACAUAAAACCCGUCGUGCCCUGGAAAACACCCACCAGUGUGUGGUCGCCCGAAAAUCUCAUCCCCCCACCCAAAGAUGGCGAGGUACUACUGGAGCGCCGACCAAACCGCGCAUUACCACCAGUACCACCUUUAAUCUCCCCGCAAGUCCUAAAAACCCUCCCCAUCUUCAUAAUCGCCAUGACAAUCUCCCUCUUCGCCUUCUUCAACUACCAAAAGCAAGAAUCCUCCGUCGUAACCGCAACCCUUUACGCGCUGCGCACAAACCCCAUGGUCCGCGAACAACUCGGCGACGAGAUCUACUUUGCGAGUAAAUAUCCUUGGAUCAAGGGCGAAAUCAACCAGCUUCAUGGGCGCAUUGAUGUUAGCUUCUGGGUCAAGGGGACAAAGAGGGCGGGAGAGGUUAAGCUCAGGUGUAGGAGGAGGGGCCGGGGUGGGUUGUACUAUACGCAGGAGUAUAGUUUGACCAUGGAAGAUGGAACGAAGAUGGAGCUUUAUGAUCCGGAGGGAAAUGCUAUUGAUCCGUUCCAGGCCAUCGCUGUGGAGGAAUAG